AUGCGGAUGGUCAUCCACCAUUGUCCAAGGGCAAGUAUCCAUCACGUGGUUGACGCGGAGAUCAGGCGUAAGCACAACCCUGAGUUCGGAGGCAUUCCCCUCACGGAGGAAAGUUCGGAGCGCGAUAAAGACAUUUAUGCACGUAUCUACAUCCUCGGCAUGAUCGGAGGAGUUUUCUUCCCCAAGAAAUCCAACAACCUAAUCAGCAAUUCAUGGUUGAAGAUCAUACUUGGUAGUUGGGAUGAUAUGGGAAACUUGAGCUGGGCAUCUGCUUGCCUAGCCCAGCUCUACCGAUCCCUAUGUAAUGCUAGUGCGAGAGCGGUGAAGGAGAUUGAUGGGGCAAUGUUCAUCGUCCAAUUUUGGGCUUGGGAGCAUUUGCCAUGGAUUGCGCCGAAGGUAGACCCCGACAAGGAAUGGGGACCCGAUCAUCCCCUACGACACGAAGCUUAUGGUUGUAGGUGGCUUGAUGAAACAACAUGCGACAACUAGGAGCGCAUAAGCUGGAGGAGUAUCGUAGGAGGCUUGAUCACCUAUGGGAAGCAGAGCUUAAGUUCGAUCCGUAUCCAGAACGGAUUGUUGCGCAUCACGUCCAUAAGUUCCCGUUACAUCCCGGUCAAUGGUGCACCCGAGUUCCACUAAUCUGCCACCACAUAGUGGAGUGGCACUUGCCGGAUCGAUGUCUACGACAAUUUGGACGUGAGCAAUGCAUACCAUUGGAUGUCCCGGAGAGUCAGAAGGGGUACCACGGGAAAGAUGGUUGACAAGGACCUACUAAUUGGCCGAAGGAGUAUAAGCCGUUGAUCCGGCUGUGGAAUGUUAGGCAAGAUCAGGAUAUUGUGACGGCAUCUCAUGUGGGGCGGAUGGGCUACCAUGACCCAUACAUGGAAACCUACCGAAGACAAUCUGUUCGUUACAUGACCCCCGAAGGAGCGGCGGACGGAGCUUUGGUAAGAAAUUAAGUUUUUAUUUGUUUAGUCAUGCGGUGCAUUAUUUUU